CUACUUAAUAAAUAAUAGGAAAGAUAUUAAGAAAUCUUGAUAACCUGAUCAUCGUCCCUACCGUUGAAGAUCUCAUAACCAGACGUAUCUCUGGAAUCACUACUAAACGUGUAUUCUAUAAACAUAUCCACCAAAUACAUCGUUAAUCAAAUCUUUGUGGGCUUAAAGAUCAGCUUCGUAUAUUAUGUUCUCUUUCCAGCAAAGUGAUGAGCUGGUAUUUCAUGAGAUUCCUUGUUCGAUUUCCUUCCAACAACCGGCAACAAAUCAGCAAGAUCUUAUAGUGGAGCUUCAUAAUCAUGUUAACAUGGAGGGCAAUUCAAACAUAUCAGUCAGCAAGGCAAGAAAACGACAGGGGGACCAAUCUCCUUCGUCUAAACCUAAUUCAGUUACUACUGAUGGUGGGGAAGGAGAUUGUAAAGAUGAACAUACACAGAGAAAACUGGUUCAUAGAGAGAUUGAAAGGCAGCGCAGGCAAGAUAUGGCAAAGCUUUAUGCUUCACUUAGAGGUCUACUUCCCCUCGAAUUCGUCAAGGGAAAACGAUCUACAUCGGAUCACAUGCAUCAAGCAGUCAACUACAUAAAACACAUGCAGGAAAGCAUUAAAGUUCUAAGUGUCAAGAGAGAUCGGCUCAAGAAAGACGUGGAGACAAGUGUUCCUGGUCCGAUGAUGAAUAGUAAUGAAAAAAAUGUAACGCAUCCAUUCCGAAAUACAGUCUCCAUCAGUUCUUGUAAAGGGGGAAUACAGAUUUUGAUCAAUAGUGGUUCAACAGAAGGUGGUGUCCCUCUUUCAGCAGUACUUAAAGCGAUUACCGAAGAAGGUCUUAAUAUCAUAACGUGCACUUCUACUAAAGUAAACGAACGGUUACUUCUCUCUAUCCAAUCUGAGGCUAAUGAUCAAGUGUUGACGGAUCUCUCCAUGUUGCAACAAAGACUAACGGCCGUAGCCAAUGACUAUUGAAUUUCAUGAGAACUGCUAGAACUAGUGAAGGUAAGUUUGCUUGGAUAAGUUCAUAGAGAAAAUAUUUGCCAUCUUUCCAUUUGUUUUUCCCAUUCAAACAAAAAAUCUUUAUCACUCCUCAGAG